CGGGGCCGAUCAUUCAGUACAUACAAAGAAACCAUGUUUCCGUGUGCGGAAAGACCAAUACUGCCAGAAGGUGUUACAACAAUCAACUAUGCCUUGGACUGGCCGCAUCUACAAAACCCCAGCAACACCACAUUUGCAGGACUGACACAGAUUGACAUCUGCCAUUGCCAAAGAACAGACCUCUCUCCGCAAAAAGAUACCGAGCCAGGUCACAUAUACGCUCGGUUGAAGUGCGUAGAACCUGAGGUUCACUUCAAGACGGCGAAGGAAGAUCUAUGGGUUUUGGAAGCCCCCCAUGGACCCAUCAACAUGCUACGCCCGGCCACAGAGGAAGAAAAAGCCCGACGCAACCAAAUCCGCCCUGAUGCAGAUCCAUCCGUGUACAAAGGCCAUAGAUUUCUGUUCUUGACAGGGCCCUGCCCCCGCGGACGAUAUCAGGCAUACGCCACGCAAAAGUGGCUGGAAACUUUGACUCCUGCUGCUCGAAAACACAUUUCGUGUCUAUGUCUGCUCAUCCAGCCUUACGAGGAAGACUCUUCUCUCGAGGCUACCCGAAGAGUAUACACAGACCUCGCCGAGUAUCUUGUACAGCAUGCUCCAGGAUUUGAAAAGCUCUACCUUCUUGUCUGCCCAAACGGGAUGCAAUUAUGCAGUGCAGCAAGCGAGUUUAGCAAACUCCUUCACAGCAGAGACGUCAAAAUCAUAGUAGUCCUCGAU